AGGGAGGUAACUGUGUAGACAGCGACUCACUGCAGUUGACCCGAAUACCUUGAAGAUGGAGAACAUGGUGGGAGACUGGACACUGGUGCCCGAGCUGACCACUGGUCAUGAUGAGUUUGCUGAAGCUAUAGGUAUGAGUGACGAAGAAAGGGAGAUGACUCGCAACUUUAGCUACACCUUCCAUCUGUCACGUGACGGAGACGAGUGGCGCAUGAAGAUUGACAUUGCCAAGAUGGGCACAUUACUGGACACCAAGUUCAAAACGGGCGUGCCCUUUACCUACAUGUCUCCGGAUCAGGUUACCAAGCUGACGGUUCAGACCAAGGACGGCAAGUCCAAGACACAAAAGCUGAGACACCAAUGAUGUAAUCCACAGACGCCUAUGUCCCUAAUCAACGUCUUGAGCAACGACGACGCAACGACGACACAACGCUGACUCAACGACGGUUCAACACCCAGAAUUAUCCUUGUGUUGACAAUACUGUCACCAGUAAUCACAUAUUGUGUGAUGUCUUCACCAAUAAUCACAUAUCUGAUGAUAAUUACUGAGUCUAGGUUGAUUGAUAACUAUGGUCUGUCCACAUUCAAGAUCCGAUAGCAAAUAAGUAAUGGUUGACUUAUGGAACAAGCGUUGUGGUGUUGUAGCGAGUUAAUGAGGCGUGUUGGGAGUGCCAUUGUGUCUGUAAACGCUUCAAUCUAAAUUUACAAAAGCCUAUGCUAUUUUGAAAGUCCUGAUUGGAAAAACCACGAACGACAUUUUUGAUCGUCAGAAUAGAUCAACUAAAUAUAGCAUCUUCGGCUCGGCUCUGAAAAUUAGGAUCCGGAACCUAACCAAACAUGCAAACAUAUGUUUAAUUGUAACAAAUUAUAUAUUUGGGAAACAAAUAAAGUAUACCACAAAUUCUUGUACCUUUUGGGGUUGAGUCCCGUUCGGGAUUCCAAACCACACUACCAAAGUGAGGCACCUAAUCACCAGCACACAAAGUCAGCGAUCUUACCCACUCAGUCACCGAGACUUCAGCAGAAAUGAAAGGCCGGCAACUGGUAGUCUAGAUCACGUACUUUGUGUACCCCUCUGACAAGCGUAAAUUGGCACGGCUCUCAUGGCAGAAAGCUAUAAACACACAAUGCCAUUUAGAAAGUGAACAAAUGUA